AUGGCUGACCAUCUUGAUUUGCAAAUCAGAUCCUAUGGAGUGUAUGAACUCGAUGAACCGUUAGUACCUUUGCCUGAUCCAAAGAAUUUCAACCAAUGGUCUCGAUUUUUGACAAGAGAUGAUGAAAUCAAUUUCAUGAAUGAAAAGGUUGGAGGUGUGGCUCUCCAGGACAUAUGA